CGCGUUCAGAAUCUUCUCCAGAAUGCAGUCCAACAUGGUGCCACCGUAUCCGCCGGACGGGUCUCGGUUUCUGGAGCAAUUGUACAGCCCGUUGCUCUUUCAGGCAUAACAAAGGAAAUGGAUUUAUAUCAUCAAGAAUCAUUUGGUCCUGUUGUAACCCUGUUCGAGUUCGAUACAAUCGACCAAGCUGUCAAACUGGCUAAUGAUACAGAGUAUGGUCUAGUUUCAUCUGUCUUUAGCACUGACAUUUUGAUGGCCUUGAAGGUCGCAAGACGGAUAAAGAGUGGCUUUUGCCACAUCAAUGGACCAAUGAUUCACGAUGAACCUCACUUGCCGCUGGGAGGCCAAAAGGCGAGCGGGUACGGGAAGUUUGGGGGUACCGCGUGUAUCAACGAAUUCACUGAAGAUAGAGUGGUCACUAUUGUUGGCGAAAGGGAGCAUCGAUUCCCGAUCUAA